UCUGUGUUAGUCAGAUGAGGCAGCGAACAAUGCACGCGGUCGUGUGGCUGCACCUGCUCGCAAUUCUCUGGAUGUCAGGCUCCGGGGGCACGACGACCGGACAACAGACUCUAAAAGUAAAUGACCUUAAAACAGGCGAGAGAAUCAACAUCCUCUGUCAUACCAACGGGGGGAACUUCAAAUUCCUGAAUCUACAAAGACUUUACUCCAACCCAGGCCCAGUCAUUAGGAUUAAUAAAACAUCUUAUCAAGUCAUUAGUCCAGCAUAUACAAACCGAACAUUCAUCAGAAAUGAGUUCCCAAAAGUAACAAUUACAAUCAGCAAAUUACAAGAAAGUGAUACAGAUGUGUACAUGUGUGAAUAUUUAAAUGAUGAAGAUAUGACGACUCCCGUCUUCGGUACUGGCACAUUACUUAUGGUUAAAGGUGUCAAGACACCUUUAAAAGGAAAUCAGUGCAAUAACGAAUUGAAGCUGGACACAUCAACCCUGCUCAUUGCCACCUCCAUUACUGUAAUCUUUGUUUUGGUGAUAAUGUUUUUGGGUAUGUGUCUCUGGAAGACAGAUCUGAUCAAGAACAUGUGUUCCAAGAAGCAACCAAAGGAGACCGUUUAUGAAGAAAUGGUCAAGAGACAUUGAGAGACAAGACCAGAGGAAUUGCCAUUCUCCCUACAUCUACAUCUGGGUCACUUAUACACCCCACUGGACAUUCAUAUGUGGCUUUGGCUCACUGCUCCUGUUGUACACAGAAAAGUGUAACAAAUUGUUAGUAUUGUUUUAAACUGUGACCUUUCAAGUGCGAUCUUUCAGUUUCAUAUUAGAACAAGAGACAUCUCGAAUGGAAUUUACAGAUUACUUAAGAAAAGCAGAGUUGAUCUGAGAUUACAUAUCAUACAGUAUUUCUGUUUCAAGCAUUUGUUUCAAAGACAAGGGGCUUCAAACAUCCAGGAUGCAUCAUAAAACUCUAUAGAGAACAACAAAGCCUUGUGUAGCUUUUAUAUCAGCCUACAUUGUCUUGCAGGGAUAAGAAAAUGGGAUGGCUUUGAAGCCUUGGAUCAUUAUAAAAUGACUGAUAUACAAUUUGCUACGUGCCUCAUACAUAUGGAGCGUUGAAUAAUAAAUAACAACAUUCUCAAUCCCACUUAUUCCAAUUCAGGGUCUUGGGGAAAGCCUAUCUUGCAGCACGGAGCAGGCGUGGCAGUAUCAUGCCGCACGAAACAUGAAAAUAUCCAGUCUGACCUGAUCUUGAAUGUUGCACAUCUCUCUAGGGUUGAACUGUAAAUUUGCCUCCUAUGUUGACUGGACAAAAGGAGUCAAGUGGAAACAAAUUAAUGGAGAAUGACG